AUGCCCCGGUCGAUACUCGGAGAGUCAACAUCCGCGACCCUUUUCUCCGCAGCUGAUAUCAUCAAGUACAUUGGAGACUCGCUCGAACGACACACCGGAUGCGAUCUGCUGGAUAUAAACCCAGGGGCUGGCCUCUGGAGCAAAGCCCUGCACGACGCCGUGCAGCCGCGCAAGCAUGUCCUCCUCGACCUCGACGCCGACUUUUACCAGCCGUUCCUCAGCGACCUCACAUCCAAGCCCAACGUUGAGCUCAUCAAAAAGUCAGGCAUUAUCUGGGAAAACCUCGAACAUAUCGUGGCGUCGCGCUUCGCCGCGCAGACCAAGGUCGCGCCACACGUCGAAGCGCCGCCGCCGCGCAACGACACCCUGCUCGUGACGGCGAACCUGUCCAUGUGCCCGAAGCGACCGUACCGCGGAUUCGACAAUGUCGGCACCAUGGUUUUGUACCAGUUUCUGUCGAGCAUCCGCCAGGGCCGUCUGCUGCAGCAGUACGGGCUCGUGCGCUUCCUCAUCUGGACUAACGACGAGGACAAGCACCGCCUGCUGCCACGCAGCGUGCUGCGGCGCCGCCGCGGCGCCUUUGAGGCCGAGCUCUCAUGCGACUGGCUGCACGAGGUCUGCGGCGCCACUGUCGACGUCCACGCCCGCACCGCCCUGCGGGAUGAAUGGCUCAACGUGGAGUCGUGCGCGGGCGUCGCCGCCCGGAUGGACGCGCGCGGGAUUGAGAUGCCGGUCCACCGCCAGACCGAGACGUACAAGCGUGUCCGUGCAGAUCCGAUGGCUCUCAUGGGCAGGAACUUUGCAGAUACGGAAACGCCGCAGCUUGCGCGGCCGUACAUUGAAGAGCUCGACCGCCUGCGGCGCACGCCGGGCCUUGACAGCGCCAGUGCCGAGCUGCGGCGCAUGCGGCAACUCGAAUACCGCGAUCGGCACGAGCAAAAACUCGCGGACCGUUUCGGGUCACUUUUGCGGCAGCGUCUGGCCGUGACCGCCCUCAAUGGCACCGCCGACUUUACAACAAGCGACGCAGCCUACGCCGCCGCCGUUGCCCGGCUCCCCAAGAACAAGGCCGCCGAGUACCAGCGGUUGGUCGACAACCACCACCUGUUCCGGCAACGGCCGCCCGCGCUGCUAUGGGACCGGCGCGCCUACGAGCCGCUCGUCACGCGGCCCGCCGAGUUCUUCCCCAACGCGCCGACGACACUCCUCGACAUGCAGCCCAAGGCCAUGGACCCGGUCCUGCGGGCGUACGGGCCGAUGACGUCGCGGUCUGGCGAAAUGUCGGAUGUCCUGCUGCAUCUGUGGUUCGCCAACACCCUGAGGCCGCUCGAGGACGGGCUCGAGCGCCUCUGGGGGGGGUUCGGAAGUGAGCUGCCCCGGUGCCCGAGCUUUGGCGACGCUGCGCGGGGCGGCUCCCCACUGUCCGGGCCGGGUCGCGUCCUGGCGCGCUGCGUCAACGAGGAGCAGUGGCUCGAGGUGGUGCGCGCGUGGAUGGACUGGCCGUUUCGCCCGACGUACACGCAGCUCCUCGGUCGGUGGUCCGAGGAGGGUCAUGCGGCCGAUGACGAGGACACCAAAUCUGGUGCGCAAGGUCUGGGGUUUUGA